AGCUGUCCUGCCUUCCUGUUCAAUUUUGGCCAGCCACGUAACGAAAGCCAUCGAUUCCAGUGAAUUCUCGAAUGGCUUGUAGCACUCUUUGGUGGUCCUCAUUCCCACCAUCUUGCCUUUCCUCUGCACAAAUUACUUGUCAGGAGUCCUUUCGGGAGCAGGUGGGUGUGCUUGCCGCCUGGGAUCAGUAAAUAUGGCGGGACCACCAUCAACCAAGAAGCAGGCUUCGCUCGCCAGCUUCUUCACCCCUAAAACUAUCAACGGCCUACGCAAGCCGCAGACACAGCCGCCCAAACCGGAGUCCGAGGCCGCGCCCCAGCCCAAGAAAACCGAUGCGGCCCUUGCAAGCGAACGGGUCACCCGCAAGCGACCCCUCGAACCAGAUGCCACCGCUGGCAACACCCGCCGAGAGCCCAGACGCAAGCGGUCUAGGCUUGUCCUCGACGAUAGCGACUUCGAGGACGAUGCCGGGGACCAGCACCAGGACCAGGACGAUGGGAGCUCCUACUCGUCAUCAAAGCCGGCUCCCGAGAUGACAGAGGGGCCGCCGAAACAGACGUCAUCGGAUUCGGGGAGCAGGACAGAGCGGUAUCUUUACGAUGGAUCCAGCUCUCGUGAAAAGGCCGGCGCCGACGAGGACAAAGAGGAGGACGCGGCAACCAUACGACGCAAGCAGGAGCUUCACCGGAAGUUUGUCAAAAAGCUGGGCCACCCAGACAGCAUGCUCCGGUGGAGAAGCGCACAAGCAGCCGACACCGCUGGCCCCGACGACGAAGACGGCGACGGCGGCGUUGACGAGGACGAGCCUCCACCACCGGCCAAAGGGAAGAAAAAGGGGGCCAAGACGGGAAAGCUAACGCCCAUGGAGAUGCAGUUUCUCGACAUCAAGAGGAAGCACAUGGAUACGGUGCUCAUAGUCGAGGUCGGCUACAAGUUCCGCUUCUUUGGAGAGGACGCCCGCAUCGCCGCCAAAGAGCUCAGCAUAGUUUGCGUCUCGGGCAAGUUCCGCUAUGACGAGCACUCCUCCGAGGCCCACCUGGACCGCUUCGCCUCGGCGAGCAUCCCAGUGCACCGUCUACCUGUGCAUGCCAAGAGGCUGGUGGCGGCCGGUCACAAGGUCGGCGUUGUACGCCAGGUCGAGACAGCCGCCCUCAAGAAGGCAGGCGACAACCGCAACGCCCCGUUCGUGCGCAAGCUCACAAACGUCUACACAAAAGGCACAUAUAUCGAUGAUGAUCUGGGCGAGCCGGCCCCCACGACCGAGGGGUCGGGCGCCCCCGCGGGUGGCUAUCUCCUCUGCAUCACCGAGUCGGCAGCCAAGGGCGCGGGCACCGACGAAAAGGUUGACGUGGGCCUGAUCGCUGUGCAGCCGGCCACGGGUGACAUCAUCUACGAUAGUUUCGAGGACGGCUUUAUGCGCAACGAGCUGGAGACGCGGCUGCUUCACAUCUCGCCCUGCGAGCUCCUUAUUGUUGGCGACCUGAGCAGGGCUACCGAGAAGCUGGUACGCCACCUGUCUGGGAGCGCCAGCAACGUCUUUGGCGACAGGACGCGCGUCGAGCGUGUGGCCAAGGGCAAGACCAUGGCGGCAGAGGCCUCAUCGCACGUCACGCAGUUCUACGCCGGCAAACUCAAGGGCAACUCGCACGACGAGCGAGCGGUGGAGCUGCUCAACAAGGUCCUGGGUUUACCCGAACCCGUCACGCUGUGCCUGUCGGCCAUGAUUACGCACCUCACCGAGUUUGGGCUGGAACACAUCUUUGACCUGACAAAGUACUUCCAGUCCUUCAGCACCAGGUCACACAUGCUGAUCAACGGCACCACCCUCGAGAGCCUGGAGGUGUAUCGGAACCAGACCGAUCACAGCGAGAAGGGCAGCCUGUUUUGGGCGCUGGAUAAAACAAAGACCCGCUUCGGCCAGAGGAUGUUACGAAAGUGGCUCGGUCGCCCCCUGCUCGACAAGGGGCGCCUUGAUGAUCGGGUGGCCGCGGUUGAGGAGCUGUUUGAGAAGCGCGCGACUGCGCACGCAGACAAAUUGCAGCGCCUAGUGGCCAGCAUCAAGACAGACCUGGAACGGAGCCUGAUCCGUAUCUAUUACGGUCGAUGCACCCGGUCCGAGCUCCUGGCCGUGCUGCAGACGCUGCAGCGGAUCGCCGUCGAGUACGCCCGUGUUAAGGAGCCUAGCGAGACGGGCUUCGAGUCGCAGUUGGUCACUGACGCUAUCUGCUCGCUGCCGGCCAUCCGCGACACCGUCGUGGAGUACCUUAACCGCAUCAAUCCCGAGGCGGCGCGCAACAAUGACAAAUACGACUUCUUCCGCGACGACACGGGCGAGGAUGGCGAGGACAAUGACAUCUCCAACCACAAGCUGAGCAUUGCAUCAGUCGAGCAGGACCUAGACGCGCACCGAGCCGACGCGGCGGUGACGCUGGGACGCAAGAAGGCCGUCGACUACGUCACGGUGGCGGGCAUCGAGUACCUCAUCGAGGUACCCAACACGGACUUGCGCCGUGUGCCGGCGUCUUGGGCCAAGAUCAGCGGCACCAAGAAGCUCUCACGCUUCCACACGCCCGACGUCGUCCGCCUGGUGGCCGAGCGCGACCAGCACAAAGAGGCGCUUGCCGCUGCCUGCGACGCCGCCUUCAAGGCCAUGCUGGCAUCCAUCGCCGACGAGUACCAGCCGCUGCGUGACGCCGUUGCCUCGCUGGCCACGCUCGACUGCCUUCUCUGUCUGGCCCAGGUGGCUGCGCUGCCUGGCUACAGCAAGCCUACCAUCCUGCCGUCUUCACAUCCGCCCACCAUCAGCAUCACCGAGGGUCGCCACCCCAUCGCCGAGCACACGCUGCCGGGCGGCUACAUCCCUUUCACCACCACGCUCGCCGCCCCAGCUCCGCUGGCCCACCUCGUCACGGGGCCCAACAUGGGCGGCAAGUCGUCGUUUGUCCGCGCCCUGGCCCUGGUUGUCCUUCUCGCCCAGGUCGGCUCCUAUGUGCCCGCCACCGCCGCAAGCCUGACCCUGUCGGACGCCAUCUACACUCGCAUGGGCGCCAGCGACAAUCUUUUCGCCGGCGAGUCCACAUUCAUGGUUGAGGUUGGCGAGACGGCAGCCAUUCUGCGCGCCGCAACACCCCGUUCCCUCGUCCUGCUCGACGAGCUUGGCCGUGGCACCAGCACCCACGACGGCGCCGCCAUUGCCCACGCCGUCCUCGACCACGUGGUCCGCGAGACGCGCUGCCUGACUCUUUUCAUCACCCACUACCAGAGCCUCGCCCGCGUCGCCGAAGGCCUGGGCCGCGACCUCGUCCGCAACGUCCACAUGCGCUUCACCUCGUCCAGGGCCGAGAAGGCCGGGGGCGAUACUGCGGACGCCGAAGACGACGUCGACGAGGAGAUCACGUUCCUAUACGAGGUCACAGACGGCGUCGCCCACCGCUCAUACGGCCUCAACGUUGCGCGGCUCGCGCGCAUCCCGCGCAAGAUCCUCGACGUGGCGGCUCGCAAGUCACGUCAUAUGGAGGACGAGGUCAAGAUGAGGAGGCUUCGCGGCGCUGCGAGGCUCCUGAACGACGUCUGCCAUGGGCGUGGCGGCGACGAUAUGGAUCAGCUGGACCACUUAAUUUCCAGCAUUGAGCAGCUGUGACGCGCGGACUAUGUAAUAAACAACUGAAGACAAUAUGUUUGUCUACCCUGCACCAAAAUCUAUUUAAAGCACCGCGACUAGAACAAGCGGUCUCUUCCCGACUGUGGGGGGGUAACGGAAGAUGUAUGUUACCGAGCGAAUUUGGCACUUUCUCUAUACUUCACUGGGGUCUGGUAUCACCUGGGCUAUAAAGACAAGGAAGGCACCCUGUUUGUACUGUUAUCAAGAAGUUGGGUUUGGCCAUCUCAUCGCCUGGUACGAGAUGUAUACAAAAUUGUUGCGCAGCCAAGAUAACAAGAAACCACUAGGUCCAGACCUCGCGCGUUCCUCAAUGUUGCCGGAGCGUCCCUAAGCUCAAUGGGAUGAGCGUCCCAGGCAUCAUAUCUCGGCUCAGAUUCCCCGGACCCCAGCAUCCCGCCGACGAGUACCUGUGCUGUCAGCGACGGUCAAAGAUCUGCAUGGUCAGCAACCGCACAACAAGGGCUCUUCCCCAACCACUCAUGGCGACGGUGUUCAAUCUAUUGAUCAAACGCCUGACCGAGAGAAUCACGUGGCGUUCUGCCUUGAUUAAUUAACUGGCCACCCUCGGCCGAGUGCUCGUCGACUUUUGCC